CAUCCACGCCAAACGCAUGCCUUCUCUCUAUCUCACUCUCUGUUCAGACGCAGUAGAGAGAGAUUCGCGAAGGGGAGGGGAUCGCAUUCCGGAGAGCGAGUCGCGGCCAGCUACGUUGUCGACCGCGGAUAUGACGGUGUUCGCGAACUCCGGCGCCGGGUACUUCGCCGGGAAGCAGGUGGUGCCGAUUGACUACCAGGCGGAGGUGUCGCAGCGCCUCGUCGACGCCGCCCACGGCGACGACCUGAGGACGGUGCACGAGUGCAUGAUCGACCCGUUCGUGGACGUGAACUUCGUCGGCACGGUGAGCCUGAGGUCGAAGAGGACGGAGAUAGUGCCGCGGGACGAGUGCCCGCACGAGGUGGCGGUGGAGUACGCGGAGUUUAGGACGGAGGUCACCGCUCUCUUCCUCGCCGCUCAGGCUGGAAACUUGACGCUCGUCAGGAAGCUGCUGAGCGUGGGAGCCGACGUUAACCAAAAACUGUUCAGGGGCUAUGCCAUAACAGCCGCGGUUCGAGAGGGUCAUAUUAAGAUUACCGAAGUUAUUAUGACUGCGGGGGCAUCUCGUGAUGCAUGUGAGGAGGCCUUAGUGGAGGCAAGCUACGUGGGGCAGCCAAGGAUUUCCGAAAUGCUCAUGGGAUCCCAAAUGAUCCGUCCACAUGUUGCUGUUCGUGCUCUUGUCCUUGCGUGCUGCAGAGGGUUCGUUGAGGUUGUUGAUGCACUCAUCAAGUGCGGGGUGGACGUCAAUGGAACUGACAGGGCAUUGCUUCAAUCCUCGAAGCCAUCUCUCCACAUUAAUGUAGACUGCAAUCCACUCAUUGCCGCCAUCAUCAGCAGGCAGGUUUCGGUGGUCAGACGGCUGCUACAGGCAGACGUUAGAGUGGACAUUGAGGUGAGGCUGGGGGCCUGGUCCUGGGAUGUAAACACGGGAGAAGAAUUUAGAGUGGGCGCAGGCCUAGCCGAGCCAUAUUACAUCACCUGGUGCGCCGUGGAGUACUUUGAAUGCAGCGGUGCCAUCUUGCGCAUGCUCCUCCAUCGUCUUCCCUCUUCUUCUCAUCAUGGAAGAACUCUUGUCCACCAUGCCAUCCUAUGUAACAACAGCAAAGCAUUAGACGUGCUGCUGAAGUGUGGUGUGGACCCAGAAUGUCCGUUGGAGACCACUUCUAAAACUGGAAUGCGAUCCAUUCAUUUGGCAGCACGCCUCGGCUAUACUAAAGUUCUUCAGGGCUUGAUUUCCGCUGGCUGUGAUCUGAAUUCACGGACGGAAUGCGGAGAGACCGCGUUAAUGAUUGCUGCAAGAUGUCGGCAUGAGGAAUGCGUGGAGGUCUUGGCUUCAGCUGGUGCAGACAUAGCUUUAGUUAGUUCAGCUGGUCAGUCGGCAGAAUCAAUCGCGGAAUCAGUUCAGUGGGCUCUUGGCUUCCAGCAAGCGGUUGUGGAUGUCAUUAGAGCUGGGAAAGUUCCUCAAUCAAGCAACGCGAAGAUAUUUUGUCCUUUGAUGUUUGUCACUCAAGCGAAUGACGCCGAAGCUUUGAAAAAGCUCAUUGAGCAUGCAAACAUUGAUCUUGAUGAACAGGAUGCCGAUGGAUACACACCUGUCAUGAGGGCGGCAGCAAAUGGUCACAUGGAGGCUUUCAGGGCGCUUGUCUAUGCCGGGGCCAAUACAAAACUGAAGAACAAGCAGGGUGAUACAGCGAUAAGCUUAUUGGAGUUGACUCGAAAUGGCGACACAUUCAAUGCCAUUAUGCAAGAGUAUGAGCUUGAAAAACGGCUCACUGAUUCUGCUGGCUUUAAUAGUCUGCAUCGGGCAGCACUGGAUGGACUGAUUGAUCUGGUUCAAGUUCUAAUGAGCAAAGGUCACGAUGUGAAUGCCCCUGAUGCAGAUGGAUACACCCCACUGAUGUUAGCAGCAAAGGGAGGCCACAGCGCUUUGUGCGAGCUCCUAAUCUCACAUGGAGCAAGGUGGGGCUUGGAGAAUGCGAAACACGAAACCGCUCUGACACUCUCGAGGCAAAAUGGUAUUGGAAGUGACGUGGAGAGGGUGAUCUUAGAUGAGCUUGCCAGGAAGCUGGUGUUGGAGGGCGCUCGUGUUAGGAAGCACACGAAAUGCGGCAGAGGAACUCCGCACGUCAAAUUAUUGAAGAUGGUUGGGGCCGCCGCCGUUCUGCGCUGGGGAAAGUCGAGCAAGAGGAACGUGAUAUGCAAGCGGGCCGAGGUGGGGCCUAGUUCGUCUUUCCGCUGGAACCGGAGGCGGAAGUUCGACACGGACGAACCGGGGAUGUUCCAUGUCGUGACGACCAAGAACAAGGAAAUCCACUUUGUUUGCGAGGGAGGCAAUGAAAUGGCUCGGUUGUGGGUAAGGGGAAUCAAGCUCGUGACGAGGGAAGGCAUUUUCGGAAAGAGCGAACGGCGAGCGUGAUUCGUCGGGCUUCGAGGGCUCUAUUCGCGUGUAUAUGUAUUGGAAGCUAAAGGAGAUCGCCUGAUCUUGCUUACAUUCUUUCCUUAGUCAUCCCUGCAAAACCAUUCGGUUUAUUUAACGGUAGAG